UCAUUCGCUACCAAAGACCUGUUGUCGAACCAAAGACAGCCCUCGUGAAUCAAAAGCUUUACAGAACGGCGGCUACCAUGAAGUUCUUCGUAAGCAUCACUGUUUGCGGCCUCGUGGCUUGCGCUGUCUUCGCUGAAGACACAAAGAAGAGGGACGAGAAGAAGGACGUUGAAGCACGUGGCGGUAUCCUGGGUGCUGGAGUCGGACUUGGUGGCAUCGGGGGCGGAUACGGCGCUGGAGUAGGCCCCGGUCUCGUGGGCGCUGGACUUGGGGGAGCCGGCCUCGGCGGAGCUGGUCUAGCCGGCGCUGGUCUUGGUGGUGCUGGUCUAGCUGGAGCUGGGUAUGGCGGAGCAGGCCUCGCUGGAGCCGGUCUUGGUGGAGCUGGCCUCGGUGGAGCUGGUCUCGCUGGAGCCGGUGUUGGCGGCGCUGGACUUGCUGGUCCUGCUCUCGUUGGCCCUGGAGUCGCGGGUGCCGGAGUCGUCGGUAGCCCAGCUCUCGUUGGUGCCGGUAUUGGACAUGGCGUUGGCGUCGGCCACGGCGUUGGCGGUGGCUACCAGUCUGGCUACGGAUCUUCAGCUGGAGGUCACCAGUCUGGAUACCAGGGAGGCGCCUCUGGACACAACCAAGGAUCCGGGGCGUUCGCCGGUGGAGCGUCUCACAGCAAGGUUAACGCUUACAACAACAAGCAGGGUUACAGCCACAGUUCUGGCUUCUCGUCCAGCGACAGCAAGACAUUCGGCUCUGGCUUCAACCAGGGUUCUUCGGGUUUCAAGAAGGGCGCCGCGGGACAUCAAGCCGGCUUCGGACAGUCCUCCCACGGAAAUGCUGCCGGUGUUGGAGUUGGUGGCGUCGGUCUCCAUGGCUAAAUAACCUGGUGAAAUACUGCUGCUGCAGCAUCCUUGUUCCUGUUUUCAAGCCCAGCCUCUACGUCAUAAAAACUUACAAUAAAAAUGUUUUCCGUUAAGUA